GUUCGCAGACUUCAAAGUUCCGCACGAUCUUACGCGCAGGACGACCUUGAGUUAUACGUAGGAGCAAGCUAUAGGUCGUACUUGAUCAAGCGCGAGGAUAACAUUCUCCGUUUUACAUUACUCCAUACAAUUCCAAUUAUCAACGACCUCGGUUCUCAACAUCGAUCGUACCAUGGCUCCAAGUCACCAACACGGCCUCACCGCCUCACGGGUUGAAAAAAGAGCUGGACUCCAAACAAGUACACCGUACGAACUAGUAUGAUUAUUUAUCAUCAUAAGUUCAGAAUAGAUCAAAUUCUGAAAUUAAAAUAAUCAAAAAGCCCAAAAAUGAAAUAGAUUUAUAUAGUUCAGAACUUCAGACUUUAGUGUGGGUUGAGAAUGAGAUAAUUACGAUGACUACAUUAUUGUAUGCUAACUAAAUCGAGUAAAAUGCCUUUUCUCACUCUGAGGUCAAACCAAUUAACUAUGGUUACUCUCAUGGAGUCAGUGUACAACUAAACUAAAACCCUCUUUCUCUCUCCUCUUUCCUCCCCCUUCUCUCUAUACUUCACUGAGUUCCGAGUUCAAACGGCCGCCGAUCGAAGAUAUGAGGUCACCCCCCAAAUCUCCGGCGACCAUGUCGGCGCAACCGGAGCCGAUCGAGGUGGUUCAUGCCGGAAAGCGGCCGGAAAUGCGAUUGGUUCCAAUUCUUCCGAACAUUCCAGAAUUUGAGCUUCCUGAUGGCUGGAUUGUUGAAGUCCGCCCUCGUGGUCCUACUUCCUCUAUUAAGAUGUCUGACAAGUAUUAUUAUGAGCCUGGAACUGGACGUAAGUUCCGUUCUCUGAUAUCUGUUCAGCGGUACUUAUCUGGAGAGGAAGAUGUUGUUGUGCCCAGGAGUAAGCCAUCCAAUAAGCAGCCAUCCAAUAGUCUGGUGCCUUAUCAACAUUCUGGUACCGUUAGGAGAAUCGUCUAUGGCGGGAAGGUCUUGAGGCCAGAUGAAUUAGAGGAGGCACGCCGGGCAAAAUUGGAUGACAUUGUUCCUGAAACUUUUCAGCCUAAAUCAUCUUCCAUUCUUCCUGAUGGCUGGAUAGUGGAGGAAAUUCCACGAAAAUGUGGUACUAGAUGCGACAGGUAUUAUAUUGAGCCAAGAAAUGGUCAGAAAUUUCGAUCAGUACCAGAAGUUCAGAAAUAUCUGGCAUCACAUAAACAUAGCUCUAAAAGCAAGGCAUUAACUUUGAAAAAUCAUUCAACUGCUCCACGAAGUCCAGCUCCAAGGAAGAAGAACACUUCACUUAAGACGUUCAAGACGUCAAUGUUCAGGACAUUCAGGACGUCAAUUAUUGAUCUUACAAAUCCCCCAGAAAAGAUUAAUUGGGUAUAUAGCGGUGAUGGGAGAGAUAACUGGAGCCCACUUGUAGAAGAAUGCAUGCUUCCAGAUUAUAUAAAAGAACAAUGGGAAGAAACUUUCUUGCUUGGUAUGAAUGGAUGGAAGCAUCGAGUCCCACAGCUGACGAUGGGUGAGAGCCUUCAGGCAACAAAUGCAUAAAGUGGAGAUCCAUUCUCCUGCUGUAAAUUUUAUCCCGUCGUUGAUCUAUCUUGAACUGAACUGAUGUGUACAGUAUUAAAAAUGUUGAGGAUUUGAAUCUCUGUUAAAAUGUUUUCCCUUAGCGGCUUAGUUGCCGAUGUUGAACAAAUAUUGGGUUUACCUCCCUUUCACGUAGUUGCCUAUACUGCGGCUUCAUGAUUAUGUCCAAGGAAGCUUCCCCUACCCAAUAGGUACCAGAAAUAAGGGUGUUAGUGUUUCUGUUGCAUUAUGGAUUUGUGGAACUAUUUAUGAAGCCUUGUUUAUUCAA